AGAUAUUAACGAUGAGAUGGAGAGCGGAAAGAGAGAGAAAUGAAGUGAGAAUAAGCAAAACUAACGGGAAGAGCAUUAUAAAAAAAAAAAAUGAAAAAUAGAUUUAAAAUAAAAAGUGAGGGUAAGAAGUAGAGAGAGCAAGAACCAAGAACUCGUCGUUGCUUUAUUGACUGUGAAAGAAUAAAGAGAGAGAGAAGAGCUUCAACUUGGAUUGAAAAUUUCUGCAAUCUGUUGUUUGUCUAAUCAAUUUGUUUGUCAGCUAUCUCUGUGUGUAGCUUUGAGAGAGAGAGAGAGAGAGAGAGAGAGAGAGAGAGAGAGAGAGAGAGAGAUGAAUGUUGUUGCUUGUGAUUAGUGGAGAAGUUUGAAGAGAGAGAAGAUAGUGUGUGUGUUGAUAAUGGGAACUCCACCAACAGAUGAGCUUCUGAAGAAGAUCCAGCAGCUAGAGGAGGGACACGCGCACCUGAAGCAAGAAAUGUCAAAGCUGAAGCUCUCCGAUGUGAGGCACGGCCAUCGCCAGAGAUCUCACUCCGUUUCUCCGCAGCGUUCAAGAUUCGGUGCUCUCUCCAAGAACCGAACUGAUGCACCAACCGCGUUGAAGAAAGGCUCGUGUUCCUUCAAACACUCCUCGCCGUUGCAGAGGGAGAGUCGCGGCGGCGAUCCUCCAAUUCAGGGCGCCGAAGAAGAAGAAGUACAAAAAGCUGGUCCAAACGGUGGUCCUUCCGCUGUUAAUUUCACAGAACGCCAAUAUCUCAAUAUUUUGCAGUCAAUGGGACAGUCUGUUCAUAUAUUGGAUCUUAACUCUCGCAUAAUAUACUGGAACCGUAGUGCUGAGAAGCUUUAUGGUUAUACCGCAGAGGAAGCUCUAGGGAAGGAUGGGAUUGAGUUGCUUGUGGACCCUAGAGAUUUUGUCUUAGCCAAUGAUACAGUGAAUCGUGUCAUGAUGGGAGAGAGCUGGACAGGGCAAUUUCCGGUCAAGAAUAAGAUGGGAGAGAAGUUUUUGUCUGUGGCCACUAAUACUCCUUUCCAUGAUGAUGAUGGAAGCUUAGUUGGAGUUAUUUGUGUCUCCAGUGAUUUGCAGCCCUUUCUUGAAAUGAGAGUUCCUAUGUCAGGUGAGAGAAACUCCGAAUCAGAUUCAGAUGCCCGACCUAGAAGUAGCAUUACCAAUAAACUUGGCCUUGAUACUCAACAGCCGCUUCAAGUUGCUCUAGCGUCCAAAAUUUCAAAUUUGGCAUCAAAGGUGAGUAACAAAGUUAAGUCAAGAAUCUGGACAGGAGAAAAUAAUGGGGAUCGCGAAGGUGGGAACGGUGAAAGUCGUCAUUCUGAGCAUAGUUUCUCAGAGAGAGAGGAUGCUAAUUCCAGUGGAGCUAGCACCCCUAGAGGUGAUGUGCCACAAUCCCAUUUUGGUGUAUUUUCACAAGUUGAAGAGAAAUCCCAGGGAAAAGGUCGAAGAGACUCUGGUGAUGAGAGCGAAGGAAAACCUAUUCACAAAAGUGUACCUUCUAAGGCUGAGGCCUGGAUACAAAGGAAAACAUUAUCAUGGCCAUGGAGAACAAAUGAUCGUGAAGGAUCGGGGGCAAGGAAUGUUUGUGUUGCUGGUUCCUGGAGACAGAAUGAUCAAGAAAAUGAGUCAGUAAAUCCUAAGAUUCUUUCUUGUGGCUUGAAGCAAGAAGGCCAGGCAGGUGAAAGUAAUCGCCCUAAUAACAAUGAGGCUUCAGGAUCCUGGUCCUCCUCUGUUAAUGUUAACAGCACAAGUAGUGCCAGCAGCUGUGGGAGUGCUGGCAGUUGUGCUGUUAAUAAUAGAGUGGAUGUGGACACUGAUUGCUUGGAUUAUGAAAUUUUGUGGGAGGACCUGACGAUUGGAGAACAAAUUGGAGAAGGUUCUUGUGGAACUGUAUAUCAUGCUCUGUGGUAUGGAUCAGAUGUUGCCGUCAAGGUUUUCUCCAAGCAAGAAUAUUCAGAUGAUGUGAUAUUGUCCUUCAGACAAGAGGUGUCUGUGAUGAAAAGACUUCGACACCCAAAUAUUCUUCUCUUCAUGGGGGCCGUGACUUCACCUCAACGUCUCUGCAUUGUGACAGAGUUUCUCCCUCGUGGAAGCUUGUGUCGCUUGUUACACAGAAAUACGUCUAAACUUGACUGGAGACGACGAGUUCAUAUGGCUGUGGAUAUUGCACUAGGCGUAAAUUAUCUUCAUCAUUGUAACCCACCUAUCAUCCACAGAGAUUUGAAGUCCUCAAAUCUUCUAGUUGAUAAAAACUGGACUGUCAAGGUUGGUGAUUUUGGUCUUUCACGUCUUAAGCAUGAAACGUUUCUCACAACUAAAACAGGGAGAGGCACGCUUCAAUGGAUGGCACCAGAAGUUCUUCGUAAUGACCCCUCCGAUGAGAAGUCUGACGUUUACAGCUUUGGGGUGAUAUUAUGGGAACUUGCAACUGAAAAGAUACCUUGGGAUAAUCUCAACUCAAUGCAGGUGAUUGGAGCUGUGGGGUUCAUGAAUCAGAGGCUAGAAAUUCCAAAAGAUGUUGAUCCACGGUGGGCUUCUAUUAUUGAGAGCUGCUGGUAUAGUGAUCCAGCUUGUCGGCCAACAUUCCCGGAACUGCUUGAAAGGCUUAGAGAGCUGCAAAAACGGUAUGCCAUUCAGUUUCAGGCAGCCCGAUCCGCUGGCAAGGAAAGCACCCAAAAGGAGUCCUAGGCUAUUUUUUGUCACAUGUGGCUGAUACUUACGGAUUUUUUUUUUAUUUUUUUGCAUAUAUUUUACCAUAGUUCCUGGAGUAGAUGAGUUAGUACAAACAGCUGGUCAUGAACCAUGUAGAAUAGCUGAUCUGAGUCCUUCAUCAACAUUUGCUAAGGCAAUAUAGAGAAGGGGGAUAGACUGAUAAAACAAGGUGGGGAUUGCCAAACUUUUGAUGGUGAUUGGGUUAGUCAUUUUAUUUCUUUUUAGUGGCAUCAUAAAGCUUCAAUUUAUUGGUGGUGCUGUAUGUUUGGAGUCUUGUCAAUCGGAUCGAUUACCACCCGCAUUUGUAAUUUUCUAUGCAAAUGUUUGCGCCACUAUUUUAAAGUUGUACAGAAGGUAGCGAAAAGGAGAGAAAAUUUUCAUUUGACUACAUAGAUUAGAAUCACAAAGUCGAUGUGCUUCAGUGUUUUUAGUUAAUGUUGGAUCUCUAUCAUUACCCACUUGAAGUAAAAAGUGCAGCUCAGCACGUCAGACAGCCUUUUAAAAGGACCCAUUCAGGAUUUGAUUGGCCUGUUUCGGUUCAACUUAUAGAAUUAGUGUAGACAAGAACUCGGAUAUAGAUCGUAAUUUUCAAUUGCAACUACAUUAGAUUGGCG